AUGGAGAUGGACUCUGAUGAGUCUCACCCUCUUCCCCAUCAGAUCAUCCUCUCAAGAUUACCCGUCAAAUCUCUCUUGCGUUCCAAGCUCGUCUGCAAAGAAUGGUGCCACUCAAUCUACACUCCCCAAUUCACCAAACUCCACCUCUCUCAAUCCCAACUCACAACAACCCACCACGUCGCACUUCUUGAGUCUCGCAAUCCUCCUUCCUCCAUCGCUCUUCGCUCUAUCGAAUCUCAUUCUGAUGAAUUAGUGAUUGAGAUUCAUAACUCUUUCAAGUAUUUAUAUCCCAAUUCCAAGAUUAUCAGUUCUUGUAAUGGGUUGUUGCUAAUUGCUCUAUCCCAUAAGACUUUCAUUGUUUGGAACCCAUCAACCUUCAAUACGAGCAUUUGGGUUGUCCUCCUCAUUUUCUCAGUUUCGUUUUCAUUCUGGGCAUUAAUGUGA